UCAACUCCUCGCCCCUCCCCAAACUUCCCCAGCCUGAGAUGCUGGGGAAAUGCCAAGAUUGAGAAAACCUGACCUGGAAACCUGCCAGAAGAACAUUUAGGACGAUGAACACAUUUCUACUCCCUGCUUCUCUGUGCCCCCGUCUCCUUUUCAGGAAGGACCGUGGAGAACUCAGUGGGGGGAAACCCCUGGUGGCCUCCCAACAAGGAGAUGACCUGCCCAUCAGGGGAUAUAAGGAGGCCUCCUGGUCCCGGGAGCCACAUCAGCUGUGGAGCUCCAUAGCAGAAGAAACAAGGAUGGAAGGCUGCUUCUGGAAGACCUUGCUGGUGGUUGGAGCUCUUGCAACGGGUGGGACCUCCUCACUACAACACAAAUCCCUGAGCUAUGAUGAGGCUGUGGACCUUGCAGUGAGCAUCUACAACAGCAAAUCUGGGGAAGACUCCAUGUAUCGUCUCCUGGAAGCUGUUCCUCAACCUGAGUGGGAUCCUCUUUCUGAAAGCAACCAAGAGCUGAACUUCACCAUCAAGGAGACGGAGUGCCAGGUUGAAGAAGAACGUUCCUUGAAAGAAUGCGACUUUGAAGAAGACGGGGUGGUCAUGGAGUGCAGGGGCUACUAUUUCUUUGGGGAGACGCCCUCAGUGCUCGUUCUCACCUGUGAACCGGUGGCUGAAGAGGAGGAGGGGGACAAAGAGGAGGAGAAGGAGGUGGAGGAGGAAGAAAAGGAGGAAGAUGAGAAGGAUCAGCCCAGGAGAGUCAAGAGAUUCAAGAAGUUUUUCAAGAAGCUCAAGAAAAGCGUGAAGAAACGUGUCAAGAAAUUCUUCAAGAAACCGAGAGUCAUCGGGGUCUCCAUCCCCUUCUAAAAGGGGAUUCGGAAGGACCCUCCGAUCCGAGGAAAACCGGCAGAGAAAAAUGAUGUUCCAGUCCAUCCAAUCAUUCCCCAAAAAGAUACUCCAGCAAUAAAUAAAUGAAUAAAUAAAUAAAUAAAUAUAUA